ACGCGGCGGCGCCGUCACAGCUCAGAGCAGCCGGCGAGCGGCAGCAGCUCCGGGCUCGGGAGCCCGCGCCCAUGCCAGUGCCCAUGCGGGGCCGCCGCCAGUGACGCCGGAGAGGUGUUUCCCUGCAUACUGGGACUCCCACUGCUGCAAAGAGUGACCCACGAAGGCCACAGCGAUGGCCGGGGCUUCGGUGAAGGUGGCGGUGCGGGUCCGCCCCUUCAAUUCCCGGGAAAUGAGCCGCGACUCCAAGUGCAUCAUUCAGAUGUCUGGAAGCACCACCACCAUCGUUAAUCCCAAACAGCCCAAGGAGACGCCCAAAAGCUUCAGCUUUGACUACUCCUACUGGUCGCACACCUCGCCCGAGGACAUCAACUAUGCAUCGCAGAAGCAGGUGUACCGGGACAUUGGCGAGGAGAUGCUUCAGCACGCCUUUGAGGGGUACAACGUGUGCAUCUUCGCCUACGGGCAGACGGGUGCCGGCAAGUCCUACACCAUGAUGGGCAAGCAGGAGAAAGACCAGCAGGGCAUCAUCCCACAGCUCUGCGAGGACCUCUUCUCUCGGAUCAAUGAUACGACCAACGACAACAUGUCCUACUCGGUGGAGGUCAGCUACAUGGAGAUUUACUGUGAACGUGUCCGUGACCUCCUGAACCCCAAGAACAAGGGCAACCUUCGCGUGAGGGAGCACCCACUGCUGGGGCCCUAUGUUGAGGACCUCUCCAAGCUGGCUGUCACCUCCUACAAUGACAUCCAGGACCUCAUGGACUCAGGGAACAAGGCCAGGACCGUGGCGGCCACCAACAUGAAUGAGACCAGCAGCCGCUCCCACGCUGUCUUCAACAUCAUUUUCACCCAGAAGCGCCAUGAUGCAGAGACCAACAUCACCACGGAGAAGGUGAGCAAAAUCAGCCUGGUGGACCUGGCUGGGAGCGAGCGGGCUGACUCCACGGGAGCCAAGGGCACACGCCUCAAGGAGGGCGCCAACAUCAACAAGUCGCUGACCACCCUGGGCAAGGUCAUCUCCGCCCUGGCUGAAAUGGACUCUGGACCCAACAAGAACAAGAAAAAGAAGAAGACAGAUUUCAUUCCGUACCGAGAUUCCGUGUUGACCUGGCUCCUCCGGGAAAACCUGGGCGGUAACUCAAGGACAGCUAUGGUGGCAGCCCUGAGUCCUGCAGACAUCAACUACGACGAGACCCUCAGCACGCUGAGGUAUGCUGACCGGGCCAAGCAGAUCCGCUGCAAUGCUGUCAUCAAUGAGGACCCGAACAACAAGCUGAUCCGUGAGCUGAAGGAUGAGGUGACCCGGCUGCGGGACCUGCUGUACGCCCAGGGUCUUGGCGACAUCACCGACACCAACACUGUGCCUGGAGGACCCAAAUACGUGUCCGACCUUGAGAACAAUAACCUUAACCGUGGCGGGACGGUGAAUGAAGCCCCUGACCCUCUCUCCACAGUGACCAAUGCCCUGGUGGGUAUGAGCCCCUCAUCCUCGCUCUCAGCCCUGUCCAGCCGGGCAGCUUCCGUGUCCAGCCUCCACGAGCGCAUCUUGUUUGCCCCGGGCAGCGAGGAGGCCAUUGAAAGACUGAAGGAAACAGAGAAGAUCAUAGCUGAGCUCAACGAGACCUGGGAGGAGAAACUGCGGCGGACAGAAGCCAUCCGGAUGGAGAGGGAAGCCCUGCUGGCCGAGAUGGGUGUGGCCAUGAGGGAGGAUGGCGGCACCUUGGGCGUAUUCUCUCCCAAAAAGACGCCACACCUCGUCAACCUGAACGAGGACCCGCUGAUGUCCGAGUGCCUCCUCUACUACAUCAAGGAUGGGAUCACCAGAGUGGGCAGGGAGGAUGGCGAGAGGCGGCAGGACAUCGUUCUGAGUGGGCAUUUCAUCAAGGAGGAGCACUGUGUCUUCCGGAGCGACUCCAGGGGAGGCAGUGAAGCUGUGGUGACCUUGGAGCCCUGUGAGGGGGCAGACACCUACGUCAACGGCAAGAAAGUCACAGAGCCCAGCAUCCUGCGGUCAGGAAACCGCAUCAUCAUGGGUAAGAGCCACGUGUUCCGGUUCAACCACCCCGAGCAGGCCCGGCAGGAGCGUGAGCGCACGCCCUGUGCGGAGACGCCAGCUGAGCCUGUCGACUGGGCCUUUGCCCAGCGUGAGCUGCUGGAGAAGCAGGGCAUCGACAUGAAGCAGGAGAUGGAACAGAGGCUCCAGGAACUGGAGGACCAGUACCGCCGCGAGCGGGAGGAGGCCACUUACCUGCUGGAGCAGCAGCGGCUGGACUACGAGAGCAAGCUGGAGGCUCUGCAGAAGCAGAUGGACUCCAGGUACUACCCAGAGGUGAACGAGGAGGAGGAGGAGCCCGAGGAUGAAGUCCAGUGGACGGAGCGGGAGUGUGAGCUGGCACUCUGGGCCUUCCGGAAGUGGAAGUGGUACCAGUUUACAUCUCUGCGGGACCUGCUGUGGGGCAACGCCAUCUUCCUCAAGGAGGCCAAUGCCAUCAGCGUGGAGCUGAAAAAGAAGGUACAAUUCCAGUUUGUCCUCCUGACGGACACACUCUACUCCCCUCUGCCACCCGACCUGCUGCCCCCAGAGGCCGCCAAAGACCGAGAGACACGGCCCUUCCCCCGCACUAUUGUGGCCGUGGAGGUCCAGGACCAGAAGAACGGGGCCACCCACUACUGGACGCUGGAGAAGCUCAGGCAGCGCCUGGACCUGAUGCGGGAGAUGUACGACCGCGCUGCAGAGGUGCCCUCCAGUGUCAUCGAGGACUGUGACAACGUAGUGACUGGCGGAGACCCCUUCUAUGACCGCUUCCCCUGGUUCCGGCUGGUGGGCAGUUCAGCCAUCUCUGGCUGCAACAGCUACCCUCUUCUGAACACAUGCAUGAGCGAGCGCAUGGCUGCUCUCACCCCCUCCCCCACCUUCUCGAGCCCCGACUCCGACGCCACCGAGCCUGCCGAGGAGCAGAGCAUGGGGGAGGAGGAGGAGGAGGAGGAGGAGGAGGAGGAGGACCUGGAGGACGACGUCUUUCCGGAGCACGAGCUGUGCGACGGCCGGGACCCGUUUUACGACCGGCCCCCCCUGUUCAGUUUAGUAGGAAGGGCCUUCGUGUACCUGAGCAACCUGCUGUACCCCGUUCCCCUGGUGCACCGUGUGGCCAUCGUCAGCGAGAAAGGCGAGGUGAAGGGCUUCCUCCGCGUGGCGGUCCAGGCCAUCUCAGCCGAUGAAGAGGCCCCCGAUUAUGGCUCUGGCGUCCGCCAGUCGGGAACUGCUAAAAUCUCCUUUGACGACCAGCAUUUUGAAAAGUUCCAGUCUGAGUCUUGCCCCGUGGUGGGGAUGUCCCGCUCGGGAACCUCCCAGGAAGAGCUUCGCAUCGUGGAGGGCCAGGGCCAGGGUGCAGACGUGGGGCCCUCAGCCGACGAAGUCAACAACAACACCUGUUCAGCAGCGGUGCCCCCAGAAGGCCUCCUCCUAGACAGCUCUGAGAAAGCCGCCCUGGACGGGCCCCUGGACACUGCCCUGGACCACCUCCGCCUGGGCAGUACCUUCACCUUCCGUGUGACAGUCCUGCAAGCGUCCAGCAUCUCUGCCGAAUACGCUGACAUCUUCUGCCAGUUCAACUUCAUCCACCGCCACGAUGAGGCCUUCUCCACGGAGCCCCUGAAGAACACAGGCAGAGGCCCCCCACUCGGCUUCUACCAUGUCCAGAACAUCGCAGUGGAGGUGACCAAGUCCUUCAUUGAGUACAUCAAGAGCCAGCCCAUUGUGUUCGAGGUUUUCGGCCACUACCAGCAGCACCCGUUCCCGCCCCUCUGCAAGGAUGUGCUCAGCCCCCUGAGGCCCUCGCGCCGCCACUUCCCUCGGGUCAUGCCACUGUCCAAGCCAGUACCCGCCACCAAGCUCAGCACACUGACGCGGCCCUGUCCGGGGCCCUGCCACUGCAAGUACGACCUGCUGGUCUACUUCGAGAUCUGUGAGCUGGAGGCCAAUGGCGAUUACAUCCCAGCCGUGGUGGACCACCGUGGGGGCAUGCCAUGCAUGGGGACCUUCCUCCUCCACCAGGGCAUCCAGCGACGGAUAACAGUGACACUGCUGCACGAGACAGGCAGCCAUAUCCGCUGGAAGGAAGUGCGCGAGCUGGUCGUGGGCCGCAUCCGAAACACUCCAGAGACUGACGAGUCCCUGAUCGACCCCAACAUCUUGUCUCUCAAUAUCCUCUCUUCCGGAUACAUUCACCCAGCCCAAGAUGACCGGCAGUUUCUUGAUUCGGACAUACCUAGCGUUUCAUUGGGAAAUGACACUAGGACCUUUUACCAAUUUGAGGCUGCGUGGGACAGCUCCAUGCACAACUCUCUCCUGCUGAACCGGGUCACCCCUUACCGAGAGAAAAUCUACAUGACGCUCUCUGCUUAUAUCGAGAUGGAGAACUGCACCCAGCCAGCCGUCAUCACCAAGGACUUCUGCAUGGUCUUCUAUUCCCGCGACGCCAAGCUGCCAGCCUCACGCUCCAUCCGCAACCUCUUUGGCAGUGGGAGCCUUCGGGCCUCGGAGAGUAACCGUGUGACCGGCGUGUACGAGCUCAGCCUGUGCCACGUGGCUGACGCGGGCAGCCCAGGGAUGCAGCGCCGGCGCCGGCGAGUCCUGGACACAUCCGUGGCCUACGUCCGGGGCGAGGAGAACCUGGCGGGCUGGAGGCCCCGGAGCGACAGCCUCAUUCUGGACCACCAGUGGGAGCUGGAGAAGCUGAGCCUCCUGCAGGAGGUGGAGAAGACCAGGCACUACCUGCUCCUGCGGGAGAAGCUGGAGACCACCCAGAGGCCUGUCCCAGAGGCACUGUCCCCGGCCUUCAGCGAGGACUCUGAGUCCCACGGCUCCUCCAGUGCCUCCUCUCCGCUCUCGACUGAGGGCCGCCCAUCACCUCUGGAGGCUCCCAGCGAGAGGCAGCGGGAGCUGGCUGUCAAGUGCUUGCGCCUGCUCACGCACACGUUCAACAGAGAGUACACACACAGCCACGUCUGCGUCAGUGCCAGCGAGAGCAAGCUCUCUGAGAUGUCUGUCACCCUGCUCCGGGACCCGUCAAUGUCCCCUCUAGGGGCAGCCACUCUCACCCCCUCCUCCACUUGCCCCUCUCUGGUUGAAGGGCGGUACGGUGCCACUGACCUGAGGACCCCACAGCCCUGCUCCCGGCCAGCCAGUCCAGAGCCUGAGCUGCUGCCAGAGACCGACUCCAAGAAGCUCCCUUCCCCUGCCCGGGCAACAGAGGCAGACAAGGAGCCCCAGCGCUUGCUGGUCCCUGACAUCCAGGAGAUCCGAGUCAGCCCGAUCGUCUCCAAGAAGGGGUACCUGCAUUUCCUGGAGCCGCACACGUCGGGCUGGGCCAGGCGCUUCGUGGUGGUGCGGCGCCCCUACGCCUACAUGUACAACAGCGACAAGGACACCGUGGAGCGGUUCGUGCUCAACCUGGCCACCGCCCAGGUGGAGUACAGCGAAGACCAGCAGGCUAUGCUCAAGACACCCAACACGUUCGCGGUGUGCACGGAACACCGUGGCAUCCUGCUGCAGGCCGCCAGUGACAAGGACAUGCACGACUGGCUGUACGCCUUCAACCCCCUCCUGGCCGGAACCAUACGGUCCAAGCUCUCCAGAAGGAGGUCUGCCCAGAUGCGGGUCUGAACCCGAGCCCUCCCAUGACAGCCAGCAAGCCCAGCCCAUCCCCACCCUUGUCCUCGUCUGUCCUGUCACCUGCCACCUGGCCCCUCUCCUGCCAGACAGCCCACGACCGGGUCGACCCCCCAGGGGACACCCAUGCCAGGCCCGGGGACCUGUGCCACACGACCAGCUGUGCUCCCAGCAGAGGCCGCGCGUGUCGGUUCUUCUUGUGUAAUGUGCUCUGGUGGAACAAGCUGGGAGGGGCUGGGGGGGCCAAGGGCACAGGUCACGGGGUUCUUGCUGCCGUUCUAAUAUUUUUUUAAGCAUAGACAGACUUAUAAUUAAUAUACGUUAGUUAGUGACAUUGAAACGGUCAACUCGGAAAUUAACUAUAAGACUUGUUCUA